AUGACAGACAAGGAUGGACAGCAGAAACUGUUUCUAGCAACAGUUGAAGACAAGAUCGGGUUGAAAGAGCCAAGAAGGAAAGUCGAUCUUUCAGGGUUCGAAGAGAAUCAAUGGCUGAGCGGCAAAGUGUCACGAAUUCUCCCGUUUGGAGCUUUCGUGCAAGUCACAUCACCUGAAGGAGAAUCGGCCGAAGGUUUGCUGCACAUCCGAGAGAUUCGCGAAGGCUUCAUUGCGAACCUUGAGGAUGAACUUGGCUUGGGUCAGCACAUCAAGGUGCGCGUAAAGUAUCUGAACAAGGACGAAGGUGUGCUGCAGCUGUCCAUGAUGGAAUGA